CGAGGCUGGCUUCACUGUCAAUUCGAGAGCUGCGAAGAGUACGCUCGCGUCUAUUACGUAGUGUGUUUAUAGUGAAGUGUAUAUUGUGAAGAUUUUCGAAUGUCGUGAGGUGAAAGAUAGUGUUGUUUUUAUCAUCAAGUGCAACUUGUGUUAUCAUCACGAUGUCUUUAGUGUACUAGAAAGUGAUUUAAUCAAAAUGUGUACAGCACCGUGGUGUGCAAAAUUGAUUUUUGCCACGUAGUGACGCGAACGGGUAAUGAUUCCUAAUGUGGAGGUCGAAGCAAGAUGGUUAGAGAGACUCGGCACCUGUGGGUUGGAAACUUACCCGAUAACAUACGAGAAGAUCGAAUAAGGGAGCAUUUUAAACGCUAUGGCCGAGUCCAGAAUGUCAAGUUAUUGGGUCGAAUGGAGAGCGCGAGUGCGAGUUCUAACGCGAGUGCUAAUAGCGGUGUUUGUGCCACUGUUGCAUUUAUGGACAUCAAGUCUGCAUCGAAGGCGCAUAACGUGGAGCACGUACUGGACGAAAGAACUCUUACCACUGAGUAUUACGAGCCAGCCGCGAUACCAUCGACCGCGGGCGCGCCCUCCGCCGGCUCGUCGCCCGCCGGCUCCGGCUACUCAGGUUCUUCAUCCUCCGUGAAUUCCGCACCUGCUCCCGUCUCCGCCUCGCGUUACCACCUCCCGACAGAGGACACCGUAGCUAACACUUGCGCAAUGGCUGCAACGGCGGCCGCGGCGGUGACGUGGCGAGGCACCAACGACAGCGCCACCGAGUACUGCCGCCGCGGUAACACCCCUGCAGCAUACGGCAGGUACCAGAGGAACAACUCUACUGCACCAUAUGCUACGCCUCCGUCAAAUGUCGAAAGAACAACGCCCCACCAUAGAUGGUAUGCGAGCGGCACGGGCGCGGGCAGCGGCGGAGCAGCGGGCGGCGAGAGCACUCCGAGCACGCCGGGCGGGGGCACGGAGCGGCGAAGGCGGCUGUCGGGCUCGGGCUCGUCGCGCUCCGACUCCUCCUCGCCCGAACCCAGCGACACGUCGCGCGCCUCGACGCCCGCCGCGCACCACCACGCGCCGCACCACCCGGCGCGACGCACUCCGCCGCCGCACCCGCACCAGUGGCCGUCAACGGCGAAUGGAAGACCUCUUGCGAUCUGCGUACGAAACUUGCCGACUAGAUCGACCGACAGUUCCCUCAAAGACGGUCUCUAUCACGAAUACAAGAAACACGGGAAGGUGGUGUGGGUGAAGGUGGUCGGUCAGAACGCCGACCGGUACGCGGUUGUCCGUUUUAAAAAGCCGUCCGACGUAGAGAAGGCACUCGAAGUGUCUCAAGAUAAGCUUUUUUUUGGUUGCAAGAUCUCAGUGGCACCUCACCAAAGUUGCGACGACGACGCAGAGUCGGCCAAACCUUAUGAGACUGAUAUUGAUGAAUACCAUCCGAAGGCUACGAGAACGUUAUUUAUUGGUAACUUGGAGAAAGAUGUAACGCAGCAGCAGUUGAGGGAUAAGUUCAAGCACUUCGGGCGGAUAAUAGAGAUCGACAUAAAGAAGGGCAGCGGCGGCGGUGCGGGCUACGCCUUCUGUCAGUACGCGUCCAUCGCAAGCGUGGUGGAGGCCAUCCGCGCCAUGGACGGCGAGUACGUGGGCAGCUCGCGCGUCAAGCUGGGCUUCGGCAAGCCCGUGGCCACCACGUGCGUGUGGGUGGACGGGCUCACCGAGCACACGGAAAAGCAGGUGCUGGGUGCGGUGUCGCGCUGCGGGGCCGCCACGUCGGUGUGCGUGGACCGCGCGGCCGGCGCGGCGCUCGUGCACUUCGAGCAGGCGGCGGCGGCGGGCGGCGCUGUGCGCGAGUUGCGCCGCGUGGCCGCGCAGCUGUCGGCCGCCGAGCCCGACCAUCCGCGCCUCUGUGUCGACUACGCGUCGCGAGAGUGCCAGGAAGCGUUUUAUGAACAAUUAGAAAAGCACGGUGGGUCUGCGGCGCUAGCGGGCGCCGAGAGAGUGGUCGGGGACACCCCCAGCCGGUACAUACCAUCUGCGAGGCACGAGACGCUUAGUAGGUAUGAAAGUAGCGCGACACGGUCUCGGGCGCCGAGCUUCGGUCGUAGCGCAUCGCGGACUCCACGUUACAAUGCGCAUGACCACUAUGAUCCUGCCGAUUAUGCAGCUGAUCGAAGAUACAGGGUAUAUGAUGAACUGGGAUCCAGUCCACAGACAGAUGAGGCAACAUACGAAGAUCGUCUCCAGUCGGUGGUCGUAUCACCGCAUCGUGGACAUAAACACCGGAAAGAUUCCAGCCCUGAAGAUAGAAAGCAUUCAAAAGAGCGGCAUCGAAGCGCCGGUGGUGGUUCUCGCCGGUCGCGCUCCGGCUCCCGAGGUCACGUGUCGCGGCGGCGGCAUCGGCGGCGGCGCGACGGCUCCGGCUCGCGCGCCUCGCGCGCCGGCACCCCGCUGCGGGACGAGCCCGACGCGCCGCCCACCGAGCCGCGCCGGCCGCCGCGCGAGCGCCCGCCGCUGCCCAUGAGCCUGCCGCUGCCCAAGUUCGCCGUGCAGCUAUUGCGCGCCGCGCCCGCGCAGCCGCGUUCGCUGCUGCACGCGCCCGCCUCGCCGCCGCGCCCUCCCUCUGCCUCCUCCUCCAGCGGCGGCUCUGCACCGCAUUCGCCCUCGCUCGAGGAACGCAUUCGCUCCCUCGACGAGAAGUACGAGCGGUGGAGCGGCUCUAGAGCGCACGUGGAUGCUCCCGAUCGUUCACGUCUGCGGCAUCGCCUACUCGAGCUCGACAUAAACGAGGUGUUGAAACCUUCCGAGGUGGUCCGAUCGUUGCUGGCCAAACGAUCCGUUUUCGACGAAGACACUGAGAGGCUCGAAGGGGCUCGCGUUCCGAGUCCGGGAGGAAGUCCGCGCUCUUUGGCCGUUACGGUACCGCGAGUGUUGCGGUACCCUUUUCCAGCACAUUCCGGUCCGGUUGCUACGUCAGCUAUCCCUUCCACUUCCAACGUGGCUCCCGGGACGCCCACGCGGUUGCCGGAGCCAGAUGACCAGGAUCGCUCGCGACCUUCACCAUUGGAAAGAAUACCCAAGUUGCCCGAAGUAGAAACGGUAAACGAAACCCGAAGUAGAACGAGAACAUCUUCUAUAGAUAAACAAGCGGAUGCAAAUGAGAAGAAACAUUCUCCGUCGAUUGAUAAGGAGCAGUUUGAAUUAGAUGAAAAUAUUAUGAGGCAUGCAAACAAAAGUCGAAGAAACUCUCAAUUAGACGGAAAUUAUACAAAGCAUGAAAACAAAAGUAGAAGAAACUCUGAAAUGGACAAUAAUAAUACGAGCCACGAAAACAAGAGUAGAAGGAGCUCUGAAAUGGACAGUACGCCACAACAUACGAGGCAUGAAAAUAAGGGUAGAGGAAACUCUGAAUUAGACUGCAAUAAUACGAGGCAUGAAAACAAGAGUAGAAGUAGCUCUUUAGUUAUUAACGUUGAUGAGACCAAGUCACCUGUCAGUGCAGAAAAAGCUUCUGAUCAAAUCUUGUUGGAACACAAUGCCCUAAUAGAUACUAACGAAAAACACAACACGAGAGAUAUUCGAGAGGGAUUGGAAGAUAAGUUAAUUACGGUAAAAAAAGAAGAAAAUGUGGAAGAUAAGAGCGUUUCGAAAACCAGUGAUUCCUUUAUAAACAAAUUCGAAAGAAAUUGUUUUCGAGAUGAAACGAAAUUAUGCAGUGAAGAUAUCACAGAAGCGAUUAAACAAGAAUUACGGGUAGACCUUGAAUUAAGUCAAGAAAAUUUUUUCUUUACAAAUGAAUAUGAUACAAAGUUUGAAAAAAUGAUCCAAGAAGAUAUCAAACCAAAAUUAGACCAAAGCAGUAAAUUGCAAGAAGCGGGGUUUAGAGAUAAAAAAGAGAUUGAAAAUCUUUUUCAGAAUCAUAUAAGUAAAGAAAUUAUAACUUAUAAUGUACACUCUCUAAAUCACUUGAAUGUCAUAAAUUGCUCAGAAUUACCAAGGAAGAUUAUGGAAAUGACGCCAGAUUUAAAAUUGAAUGAAAAAUUAUGUAAGGAAAAGGGUGAUGCCAUUGUUCCACUUAUAUCACAAGACGAUAAGUUUGGCAAGGAAAACAUAAACUGUGAGAAAAUCGUAGAAGAUUUAAAUUUUCAAAACAAUUUAUUGCUUUCUAUAGAAAAAACUGUUGAUAAUAUUAAAAAUCAGGAUGAGACUAAUAAAAACGAGCGCGAUAAAACAAGACACUGUAAAGAUCGCAUUGAAAAGGAUUAUAUAGAAAAGGAAAAGUUAAAAAAUAACAAAAAUAUUAAACUUGAAAAAAGUGAAAAAGAACGUAAAACGAAGGAAGAAAAUAACUUUUCGAAAUCAGGCCCAGAAAAAACCGAUAAGUCAAAAUCUGAAAAGAAUGUAGAAAAACACAUAGAAUCAGAUAAAAAAUUAGAAAAGGAACGUGAACCUGAUAAGCCAAGACAUAUUGAUGAUACAAGAUCUUUUCGCCAUGAAAACCAUAAAAAAGAUAGACUUGAACGAGAUAAAAAAAAAGAUAUUGUUGAAACAGAAACUUCAGUUAAAGGAUCAAAAAGGGAUGACAAAUACAAGCACGAUCGACCUAAGAAAGAAAGUGAUACAAAACGUGAAAUUAAAACUGAUAAUUCGAAGAGUCGUAAAUCUUCUAGAGAUGAGUCUAGCAGGGAUAUUUGCCGAAAAGAUUCAACAGACUCUAGUACGUCUAGAACAUCACACGAUUCAGCUAAAUGUAGAGAUUUUGAAAAUACAGAAAUAAAAGAGGAGCCUAAAAAUAAAGAGACUACUACUGAUAUAUUUCAAAAAAUUGAAACUGACAAAGAAUCAACAAAACUCAAUGAUCAAUCUAAAUUAGAUAGUAAAAUAAAAAUUAAGACCGAAAUAAAAGAAGAAAAGGAUUUAGAACACCAUUCAAAAAUUAAAAUCGAUAGUCACAUAGAGAAUACAUUAAAAAUUAAAUCUGAUGGUCAAGAAAAACAAAGGCAUUACUCCCUAGAUUCACCUAAUAUUGAUUCUAAACGUAAAGAGCGGUUAAAUUCAUGUUCUAGCCUACCAUCUAACAUCGGUCAUAAACGUAGAAUGUCAUCACAAGACAGUAUAGACUGCCUUACAGAAGAUACUAAAAAAUGUAAAAGUGAACGACGUGAUUCUAAAGAUUCUAGAAGUGUGGAUCGUCAUAAAACUACAAAAUUCAGUAAAGGUCAUUUUGCUAAAAUUAUUGAAAGCAAAACCAAAGAUGAUAAGAAAAAUCAAGUAAAACCACCUGAUGAUAAUAUGUUUGUAAACAUAAAAGAAGAGGAAAUUAAGGAGCUAACAUCUGAAAGAAAUAAGAUUAUCAAAAAUACUCCAAUGGAUGAAUGUGUUGAAAAGAUAGAAGAACCAACCAAAGAGCAACAAUCAGGAACCUCGGAGUCGUCCUCAGAAUCUUUACACAAUAAUAUCGAUUUUCUUGCUACUUUAGAACUGAGGUCGAGUGAAGAAGAUGAAAGACAAAAAGCACUGCGUAAAGAGAUGAAAGAGAAGAAACGUAUUCAGCAAUUACAACAAAUACAAGAACUUCAAAUGCAACAAGAUGCUCUACAACAAGCUGAAUUAUGUAAUAAGAUAAAAGAAGACCGAAAACUUAAAAAUGAGGAAAAGAAGAAAGAAGCUAUGCGUGAGAAGAGAAUGUCUACUGAACGUAAAAGUAAAGAUGAUAAAAACGAUAACAGUAAACGGCGAAAUCGUAAAGUUCCAAGCACAGAUAGUUCAGAUUCUGAUGAGCCUAUGAAAAAACAUUCUAUAUUUGACAUCGUAGACGAUGAACCAACAUACAUUUCAAUGUACGAUAAAGUUAAAGCUAGAUCUUGCAAAAACAUGCAAAAACAAGAAGAAGAAAAGCGACAGGAAAAAAUUAAAGCUAAAUUUAGCCAACUAAAGCAAAGUCGAGCGAAACGUGAAGAAAAGAAAAGAUCUAGUUGGGAUGAAGAUAGUGAUUCCGAAAGUGAACAACGUAAAUCUCAUAAGACUUCCAUGGGCAGUUCUUCUGAUGACGACCAAAUUGUAAUGCAAAGUAAAAAGCGUGAAAAAUCUCAUGGCUCUAGUCUUGAAUACGAUCAAAAUAGAACAAAUGAUUAUUUUGAUGCAAUAAGCACCGAAGAAGAUUCGCAUAAUAAAUUAUCGCGUAAAAAUUCCCGGUCACGCAUUAUGUCCGAUACAUCUGAUGACGAAAAUACUAAAAGGAAUACGAAUAAAAGUCCAAAUUUUGUUGAUAAAAUUAAAAAAGAAAUAUUUUCAGACUCAGAAUCUUCUCAAAAAUAUAAAGAAAACGAUAUCCACCUUAAAGAAUCUAGCAAUGAUAAGGUGAAGAAAACAUCUCUUCUAAAUUUAUUUGGGAAAAGUGAUAGUGAUGACAAUAGACUCAAGUCAAUUUUAGACGGUGAAAAUAAUUACAGAAUGUCUUUUGCGAAAAGCUAUUCAAAUGAUAUUUCUUCAGAAAAUGAAUCUGUUCCAUCAAAUAUACAUCCAUCUGAAAUGCGUAAAAAGCAUAAGAAAAAACAAAAGAAAUACAAGUUUUCCUUUUCUGAUGAAGAUACUAAGACUGAAAGUGGUCUUGAAGUUACGCCAGAUAUGGGUGUUAAACACAAAAACUCAGACAAAUUUCGCCGCCAUAAUAAUAAGAAAGAAAAAAGAAAAGACAAAAUUCGUGACAGCGUUGAUACGGAUGAACCUCGAGAUGAAAGAAGAAAAUAUAAAAAGGAUAAGAGAUCACCUAGCCAAUCGUAUGAUUUAAUUUCGGAUCCGACGUCUAAUAACUAUAAGAAAGAGGGUAAGAUGGAAGAUAUAUUUGGUCCACUUUCUGACGAGUCAGAUAGAGACUCGGGCCAUAUCGCAAGUAGAGACUCGGGCCAUAUCACAGGUCAAUCUAUGGAUUAUCAUUAUACAACAACCGAAAAAUUAAAUAGUGAUGAAGUUAAAAUCAAAGAUGAAAUCAAACGGAAGAAAGAGAAGCGGAGAAAAGAAAAGGCGCAUUUUGGCAAAGAUGAUGACAAUAGCUUAGAUGUUGAUGCAGUUAGUAAAGCAAUAGAAGCUCGGUUAUUUGCUGACACCUCGAAUAUUGAAGAUAAUCGUGCUAAAAUGGAAAAUAAUUCGGAUUGUGUUGCUAAAAAAUUUGAUACUGAUGAUAAAUAUGGAGAGGUUAACAUUAGUGUAGAUAAUAUGUCCUUUUAUAAAUAUUGUGAUAAAAUUAAAAAGGAUUCACGAGAAAAAAAGAAGAAGAAAAAAAGAAAUCGUGAAGAUCGUCAAAGUCGUAAAGAACAUCACCAUGGAUAUCACCAUGAAAAGAUACAAAAAAUUGAUAACUCUUAUCUCGACAGUAAUAUUAUUCCAAAAAAACUUGACAACUCUUACCCUGACAAUAACAUUACUCUAUCUCCAAAAACUAUGUUGCUUGACAUACCAUUACCCAAUGAUUCCCAAAAAACUGAUAUUGCAGACAAAUCAGAUGAUAGUAAAUCUCUUUCUGAAUCACCCAGUUUACCAAGAAUUACUGAUAGUCCUCCGUUAGCAGUUAAAACAGAUGAGAACACUGAUGCAAAGUUAAAUCAUCGCGAUUCUCCUAACAUGUUAGUAGUAGGUGAUGUAAUUAAAACUGGUUUUGAAUUAGCGCGAAACAUUGAAGUUAAUGAUAUACCGAUGCCACCUCCCAUUGAAAAUAUUGUUCAAGAUAUCAGUGAAGUACCAUUACCGAAGGAUCCUCCUCUUAACACUGAAAAAGGCAAACAGGAUGAUGUAACUUGUGUAAAUGUUGAUACUGAUGUAAAAAUGAGUGAAGAUGCCGUUCGAAGUAUACCUAACUUAGAAAAUAAUUCAGAAAAACAAACCGAUAAAAUAACUAGUGAGUCACAUUCUGGUAAAGCAGAGAAAAAGGUAGAAGAAAAACCUCGUGCCAUCAUUUCUCAAGAAGAAACAGAGGAUGCUGUCGCUGCAUUACUGGGCGAAAGUUUUGGGGGGAAAACCAAUACCUUUGUUAACUGCUAUGAAGAAGUAGAAAGUAAUAAUACGCAUCAAAUCGAAAUAGAAAACACUACAAGUGAAAGUGAAAUAAUUCCCGAACAAGACGCUGAAGAAAUGAGACAGGCAGUUCAAAAUUUAAAUGCUAGUGAAAUGGAAAUGAAACCUGAUACACCUGUGUCUGAUAAUGAUCUUUUACUAAUAGAUACUGAUACUGAAGAAACUGAGGAGACUAAUCAAGAUGCGAUCGAAAAAUUACCAGUAAACAUAAUUGCAACAAAUCAGUCUCUUAACAAUAAUAAUAAAGUAAGCUUAUCUCAGACUACAGAGAUUUCAAAUAUUAUCGUUACGAAACCAAAAACAACUAUAGUACAUCCCAUUCAAAAAGAGUUUCAAGAUUUGAAUAAAAAAAUAAACGAAGUUGAAGUAAAACCGUUAGUAACAAUGCAAGAAACCAUUCAGCAAAUUACAUCGACAGCGACUCCAGUCAUAACUUCUCCAGUCCGGUCUUGGACUUUAUCAAAUAACAAAAUAAUUGAACCUCACAGGCUAAACAUCCCUGUAAGUUCCUUGGCUAACAAAGAUAAUAUUGAAACCAAACCAACUCAUAUAACAGCAAAUAUAGUUCAGAUUAAAGCACCGCAUAAUCAAAGCGUACAAAUAGGUAAUUCCUUAAGGCCUAUCAUUACUCCUAAUAGACUUAGUACUCCUUACCAAGUAAUAAACCAGAUGAUCAGGCCGCAAGUUUCUAGUAUGCAACCACCUACCAUAAAAAUACCAGAACCUCAUAUUAUAUAUCAAAAACCUCAAGGCAUAGUAAUUUCGCCAAGAAUCGGCAAUGAACCGUUAUUGCUGAGCCCUAAGACUAGUCCACGGACUGAAAGUAUGACAUCGCCACGUUUAGCUAACAUGGCUAUUCUUGGAAGCUCUUCACAAAAUUGCAGUUCAGUUGGAAUAGCUACAUCAAAUGCAAUACAGCAAAGAACUCCAGGUCAGGUGACUGUAGUCCGAAUGCAACAGCCACCAUUAAGUCCAAUCCAAACUAUGCAUAUACCGCCUGGUGCUAGAGCUAUGGUAUCUCCUAACCGACCUAAUUCAGUCUUGGUUCAAACGCAAGGCUCUCCACUACAUUUCAAUAGAUUGCCCGUAACUCCGGUUCUCGCACCAAUUUCUAAACCAUUAAAUGUGAAUAAUAUAAUUCAGCAAACUAAAACAAGUGUUGGUAAUAAUCCACAAUUGAUUCAUCAAACAAAGAUAAUAUCAGACACCAGGAAAUCCGAAAGUUUGAAUGAGAAUACAAAAAUCAUAUUAUCUCCAACCAGAUUACAACAAAGUACAAAUUCUACCGUAAAUGUAAUGGCACAGAAUAGACUUAUAUCCGUGCAGAACCCUAUUCAUGUUGGAAAUAUAAAUUCGACUUUGCAUCUUUCCAAUAAGGUUUUAAUAAAUAACAAGCUUCAAAUAGCCGAUAAAAGAGAAAUACCAAAUAACAAGUCUGAACAUAAUCUGAUGACACCUAUUAUACAUGUAGCUACUCACGCUCCAUCAUCUAUAAUUCAGGGCAGCACUAAAUCUGUUGUUUGCAGUCUUCAAGAGGCAGCGACGGUCAAUAGAGGUCAUGGGUCGAAUGUGAUUCACACUAUCAACUCGCAGAGGCUGCUUACUACGAAUCCUAUUACGAAUGUCAUACAACUGGAUGCCAAUAAAGGUCCGCCCUCGGUGUUAUCCAUGGCCACUAUAAGACCCCCACAAGCUUUGUGCAAAUCUGAAUCAUCAAACACUGUUGUCGUGACGACCUCAAGUCUUAGAAAUGUAGUUAUGACUCCCUUGUUGCUUAAUACAUCUACAACUCCAAAAGCGACCAUAAGAUUACAUACGAGAAGUGAGAGUGAAAACGUAGAUAAUCAUUCAGCUGCACCUUUCAUGAAUCAUUCCCAACCGCAAAAUUAUGAUAAAAAUAAUGAAAGUAAAGAAUUAGAUUUUCAAAAAUCUCCCUCAGAUCCUUCAACGUCCCCAACAGAACAUAUUAUAGCUAAAUGUGAAACUGACUUUGAGGAGUUAUUAAAAGAUAAUACAAAUGAAAUAAAAGUAACUAAUGAUCCUGAAAAGAAAUUGGAAAUUAAUGUUGGAAAAAGUUUUACUUUAAUAACUCCCAGUCUCGAUCCAAGAACAAGCACAGAUAGUAAGGUCGUUGAAAAAGAUAGCAAUAAAGAAUUAGUUGCCAAAAAACCGAAUGACGACUUUGCAUUGAAAAUUAAUGAAAAGGAAAUUACAACUUUAGUAACAGAUGAGGAAAAAUCUAAUGAUCCGGUAGAAAGUGUUACCAAAAACAGCAAUUUAGAAGUUAAAUUAAAAGAAAAAUUUGAGAUAGUGAGCCAUGACGUAAAAGAUAAAAUUGACGAAAAGAAAACUUGCGAGAAUAAUGAUAUUUCCUCAAUAUCGGAAGUUGGCGAAAGUAGCGACAAGUUAUUUAGUCUACUUUCAAGUCCAAGCAAGGCAGACGACAUAAAAAACUCAGAUGAAGGGGAUUAUUGGACAGCGAAGGAUGUUAACAUAGAGUCAGUUAUUAAGAAAGUUGAUUCUUUAUGUAAUGAUAUUUCAGAUGAAAAGAAAGAUCAAACAUUUGACGUAAAUGUUUUGAAAACGAAGGAAUCUACAGAAGACGCUGCAUCGGAGGGAAACAUACAAAAUGAUAUAUCGAUUGGGGAAAAAGAUGCUACCAAACAAGAUACUUGUAAUAUAGAGCUAUCAAAAGAAAAUAAGAGUGAAACGUUUCAGGAAUGUAAUGUGAUCGGAGAACCUAUUCUGGACAAAACAACUGGUAGGAGAGGUGGACGCACUGGACGAGGUAAAAGAAUGGAGAAAAACCAGGACAGGGUUCAAACUCGUCAAAUAGCCAAACCAACUAGGGGAGCUUCGAAGCGAGGCAGAGGCAGCAGAGCGAAGGUAGAUAAAAAAAUAAAAAAUUUAGGUUCCAACAAUUUGAAUAAUAUGCCUGGAGAUGUGUACGACUUUCAUGAGGAUUCCGGUGAUGAAACAGUGACAUCGCCUAACAAAGCGGAAGUAAGACCUCGUUUAAUUCUGACUAUAAAAAGCCCUCUCUCUGGGCAUUCGAAUGCAAUAGCGACAUCGACUCUCAGUAUAACGCAGAAAGAUCAGGCAAAAAAUUUAGAAAAACAAAAGGAGGACAAGAUGGAAGUGUUCGUAUCGCCCUCGGCAAAUACGCGUAAAUCAAGACGUCUACAAGAAAAAGACAUACAACGCAGCACCGUCGACGAUGUUAUAGACGAAGUGAUAAAGGGUACCGCGACACAAUUCAGAAAUACCAAAGAGGCAAAUAAAAAGAGAGCUACAAGACAAACCGGUAGCAAAACUGAGAAAAACUCUACGGGUGACGUCCGUAAGUCCCCCAGAGGCGUCAAGAGAACGAGAGACAGAAGUCUGUCGGACGCCUCGAUGGAUAGCAGCGAUGACAACGUUAAGAGAGAUGAUAAUGUUACUGCCAAGGAGCCGAAGCUUCCGAAGUUGACAGAACCUCCUGCACCACCAAAAAGCGAACCCGAAACGAUCAUCAAGACGAUUCCGGUCGCACCGCCCGUUAUCACCGCCCCGCUAAGCAUUCCUACUCCUAUAACGAAACCGCCCAAGAAAAUGAUAUCAGAGAUAGCCAAACUAACGAGCGUAUUCGAAGCGGCCGCGAACACAAAUAACAGGGUUAGGGUCGCUUCACCGAGCGUGCCCGACCGACCUCUGCCGCUGGCCGAGCGGCCCUGUGAAGCGGAACGUCUCGCUCCGCCCGCCGCCGAGACUUCGCCCAUCGCAGCGGGCGAAGCGGGGGACGCGGGCUACGUGCGGCGCCACGUGGACAACGUGCCGACGAACAUGAUGCCGGUCGGCGCCACCGAGGCCACGGACGCGCGCGUGCAGUCGCCCGCGCUGCCGCACCGCCCGCCUUCCACGCAGCACCUCGUGGACCGCGCCACCCCCGUUCUCGUCAGAGGUGGCGAGGGCGAAGGCGAGGGCGCCGCAGCAGGCGCGUCGCGCUUCCGCGGCGCGUACGCGGGGCCCGCCAGCCUGCCGCGCGGCGCGCACCACCCGCCGCUCGCCAAGCAGGUGGCCGUCGUGGGCCCGCACCAUCAGCUCGCGGGCUCUCGAACGCCGGUCACGGAUGAGGCUCGCUUCGGUCGCACCAGCGUCCCAGCGGGCAGCCCUCAAGGACCAAUCGCUUUGUCUGCAGAUUUAGUUAGAAGUCCUCCACCUGCGCAUCAACAGACUUCUCCCAUCGCGGUAUAUCAUAAUGGCGAUGGAAUGUACCCUCAUUUUUCGCAUCAUCAUUACCAAAUGUAUCAGCAACACUUUCGAGCUACUCAGCACGAAAAUAUAUCAACCCCUACUUUUUUGCCAAGAGGCGCACUGGAGGCGGAGGCCUCGGAGGUGCCGACGCCGCCGCUGGAGCUGCGGCGUCCGCCGACCGCGCGCGUGCCGCGCCCCGCGCACUCGCCCUCGCUGCUCGACCGCCACAUCAUGUACGCAGUGCGGUGCGGGCGCUCGCCGCCGCCUGCGCACGGCACGUCGCGGCCGCCGUCUGCGCUGCCGCCGCCCGGCGCGCCCGGCCCGCCGCACGCCUCGCAAGUGCCGCGCGAGGCCGACUCGCUGCAGAUGCUGCUGCGGCGGUACCCGGUGAUGUGGCAAGGGCUGCUGGCGCUCAAAAACGACUCGGCGGCGGUGCAGAUGCACUUCGUGGGCGGCAACCCGGGCGUGGCGGCCGACGCGCUCUCGCGCCACUCGGACGGCGCGGCCGCCUCGCUGCUGCGCAUCGCGCAGCGCAUGCGCCUCGAGCCCGCGCAGCUCGACCAGGUGCACCGCAAGAUGAAGCUGGAAAACGAACACUGCAUACUGCUGGCGCUGCCGUGCGGACGCGACCACAUGGACGUGCUCCAGCAGUCCACCAACCUCACGGCCGGCUUCAUCACCUACCUGCAGCGCAAGCAGGCCGCCGGCAUCGUCAACGUGGCGCCCACGCCCGGCCACCACCAGUCUAUAUACACGGUUCACAUAUUUCCGUCCUGCGACUUUGCAAACGAAAAUCUCAACCGCAUCGCGCCCGAUCUUAUGCAUCGAGUCGCCAACAUAGCGCAUCUGCUCAUCGUCAUCGCCACCGCGCUCGGCUGAGCGCCGGCACACGGACCGACGAGCCGGCCAGGCCGGCUGCCACUUGAAUAUUGAUGAUCGCUUCGUGUCGAUCGCUCGCCGAAUUAGUGUCGAAGGCCGUCGAGCCUCAGAUAAAACAUGAAACCUGAUGUUCUUCCAUCGGAUGACUCAAAUAGAAGGACUUGAAAAAAUAUCGGACCUGGCGUGUCACCACUGUGCGCCGAACUCGCAUCGCGCGCAUCUGAUUUGACUGUUCCAGUAUUGGAAUAACUCGAAACCUGACUGAAAAUUCUUCACUUGAUAUUGACCGUUAGAAAAAUAAUUUAAUAAAAAAAAAUGUAAAUAUAUCCAGGUUGUGAAAGUUGAUUUUUACUAUUAUCGUAGCUCCUCAUCGACCUGGUGCAAGCCGCCGCGGAACGUUGUAGUGCAGUGAGUAUCGGGAAUUGUCGGACUACCUCGCGCCUGUGGACGCUGUAGUGCAUAACGUUAGUGUAUUUAUUGUUACGGCGGGCGCGCCGCCUAAGUAAGGGUUUAGUGUAAGACGUAGCUUUGUAAAAUACUUUUGUUACGGUCGACUGAGCUCGGCCUCGUUCGGAGUUUAAAUUUAUAAAAGAUACGCGAAAUCAGAGGAUAGAUUGUUUUUGGGUUCCGAUUAGAUGAGUGACGAUCUAUCGAGCAUUUUUAUUGUUAGUGUAAAUUGUUAUUUUGUUUUAAGCUUAGGAUCUAAAUUAAUUUAAAUACUGUAAAUACUGAAUUUAUCCGUACUAAAUUCGAUUUACUCGCUUAACUCGUUACGGUAGGUAAUGAAAAACUCUGUAACUCGGCCGAAUAUCGUUUUUUGUAAAAAUGAUAUUUAAAUGAACUGUAUAAAAUGAUUAAAAUACACGUGGAAAAUAAAACUGUGAUUCUGUCUUAUAAUGUAAGCUUAUAGGUAGUCUGAUAAAGUACUUGUACUUGAGCAAAAGCGUGUGUCGACAACGGCGCGCGCUGCGUCGCCUUUAUGUAAUACGUUCAUACCAAACAGUGUUGCGUCGCGAUGGUUUAGUGCACGGAGUUCUUUGUAUGAAUUGGAAUAUUCACAACAUGUAAAUGUACUAUAGUGUCUUAUUGAAUCAAUAUUAUUCUCUGGUUCUGGUUAUAUUAUCGAUUUGUACCAGUUUAUUAACAUUUCUGUAUAAUGUACAUUGAUUGUUAUUAUUUUCGAUACUUUUUGACGACAAUGCGAAUAUAUUUUGAUGAAAAAUCGAAUUUUAGUCCUGUAUAUGUUUGCCAGGUGAUACAGAAGUGACAUUCGAUGUUACAUUAAAUAUUCGAUGAGACAUAGUGUCCACAAUAAACGAUAUUUUUAUAUGGAAAUGUUACCAAAUUUGUUACAUAAAUCGAUUUUAAAGUGCGUUAAUUAUUACUAACAAAUCCACCGAAAGGAACUUCGGGCAUGAAAAAUACUAUGGCUUCCGGAAACGUUUCUAUUUGCUAUUAGGCCAUGUUAGGAUUACUGAUAGGAGACUGGCUUAGUGUUAAAUAAAAGACUAGUGAAGAUAAUAAUUGCAUAUGCCUUGACGUCUACUAGUACAGAUGCCGGCAGUAAAUAUUGCACAUCGAGUUUAAGAAAGAGAUUUCUGCUUAAUAGAACGUCGUCUCUAUUACUCAUACCUAUGUGACGUUUGGUCGGUCUCAACGACUGAGACAAUGCUCUAUAAAACCGUUCUCUUUCUAAAGUUAGAUGUGCAAUAUUUUCUGCUGGGUUCUAAUAUUGUGACGUAUCAGUAAAGUAAGACACGCCUACCGUGGCGUUAUGUAGACGCGGCUCUUAAACGUUAAGAGGCAUGAGACUGGCCUGCCCGCGAACUUCAAAUUUAAUUUGGGUUUUCGCAUUUUUUAAACUAAUACGACAGCGUAGGCUUAUGGCAUUUUAAUUGCGCUAAUGGCAGUAUCAUCCUCACAUGUUUAUAUAAAAAUCUUUACUUAAAAGGGUCUAGCGCUAUUAGCUCUACUAUCGACUAAUUUGUGAGUUAUAGUCGAUACUAGAGCUAAUUUCUUAAAUUGGACCCUUUCAAGUAAAGAUUUUUAUAUAAACCUGUGAGGAUGAUAGAUACUGCCAUUGGCGCAAUUAAAGUGCCAUAAGCAUACUUUGUUGUCUUAGUUUACAAAUCGCGAAAAACCAAAUUAAAUUUGAAUUUCGCGGGCAGACCCGUCGCAUCCACCUUAAUGUCUUACAUCACUUCAAGUUACAAAUACUAAUGAACUCCAAAAAUGGGUACGGUAGCAUCAUUGAAACUAGAUCACAGAAUUUUCAAAUUAUUUAAACACGGAUAAUAAAUUUAUAUAAACAGGUACUUUUUUUCAAGGGUAACAAACCACGAAUAAAGGUGGAUCGCGCGCUUCUAACCUACUUGAAGUAAAUAAGUAGUUAUCGCUACCCCAUUUCGACUAACAGAUUAGAGCGAGAGGUCUGACCCCAAUGGUGUCUGACCUCUCGCUCUUGCUCAAACCGGCAAUCGAAGUGGGAUAGCGAUAAGUAGAUAUUAUAUUUCCUUCAAGUAGGUAGGUAUUAAGAGUACUCUAUCCAUAUAGAUGGUUGAAACGAAAAAAUUUAUACGAUACAGCCUCUUUAUGCCCACUGAGGCAACCAGAUCACUACACAUUAAUGGACGCUAGUUUGUAAUAGAAAGUCAUAAUAAUAGUAAUUAGAUUUGAACCCUUUGAAACAUUUUAAAGAUCUUGUUAUACGUAACGUGCACGGGACGGGACGGGAAGAUUUCUUGAAAUACUAUUGAAUAACUCGAAAACGCACUGAACGGGACUUUCUAGUUAUCCAAUAGAAGUUCAAGAAAUCUUCCCCUCCCGUCCCCUGCAAAGUACGUGUAACUCGAUCUUAAAACAAGCGAUGCGCGCCGUUGCACAUGUUUCAAAAAUUAAUCUUCUCAUUCCACGCGCCACCGCCUCAUGCUAUUCGUCUUCGAAACUAACGUUAUGAUAACAUCUUUGCGAAUGCUAUAAAAUUAUUAUUAUUACAUUUAUAAAAGCGUCUAUGUGACCGAUUUCCUGGGACGUAGCACAAAUCGGAGGUGGCGGCGCAAGUUCUGAAUUGGUUUUCGGAUCCCCUACAAAAGCACGCGCUGUCAACAGCGUUGGCACGUGCAAUUGGCCCUUAUUGAGUUCAUGUUUUGACUAAAACACCCCCAAAUUUUUCUGUUAAAUCAAUAGGUAUAUUACCUAUUUAUUAAACAGAAAAAUAAUUGGGGUUCGGGUCCGUACAAAAUCACUUCUCAGGCACCAUUUUAACUCUAUGGGUCAACUCUGUAUGUCAAAAGUACGGUUCAACUUUAAAAUAAGGACUGAAAUUGUACUUUUAACAUGUUAUUUGACACAUAGUUACAAUGGUGUGUGAGAAGUCAUUUUUUACGCGCUUUACAUAUUUUUUAACAGAAAAAAAUCGCGCUGCUUCAUAAUGUGCUUUUGUUCGAAGCAAAUCGCUCACAUAGAAUGACAUGUAACAUGACCAUUAAUAAAAUUGAUUUUCCACGAACUAACAAUAUUGUACUUCUCAUAAGUUUAGUUUGUCUGCUGUGAGUUUAGUUAACGUUUAGUUAGCGAUUAUUUAUUACUCGGCGGUAUAUUGACACAAUUUCUACUUCAACACAAAUUCGUCAUCGUUUCGCAUUGUAUGUUUAGAUAAAAGUGCGGCUUUCGUCGUACGAAAAACAAAGUACAAAAUAUUUUAUGUAUUGUAAUUUUAUAUGUACGAUAUAGAAAUAACAACACAGGUAACGUGUAUAUUCUUUUAAGGAUUAAUAGUAUAUGUAUAGGUGUAUAAAUGUUAUAAUAUGUUUGGUCAUGUUUCCGUCGCAAACAAUUCUCGAUGUAGCGAGGAGGAACACUAACGAACUGUCACUUCGUCCAUUAAUUUUAAAACAUAAUUUUAUUAGCGAAUGGAUGCCCGAUAUGUACACUUUUUUUGAUUACCUUAAAAAGGGAGUCGAUGUAAAUAAGUCUUCAGAAAAAUAGCGAUACAGUAUAUAGUCUUGGAGAUAAAUUUAUAUAGGCAACGCAUGAGAAUUAUAAUAUAAAUAUUUAUCACUGUCAAAUCGGUAUUUACUCACACUUUUUUGUCGAUGUGAUUAUUUUUUGGCAAUAAUAUAUCACAUGUUUAUAAUAAGAAAAUUAUGCCAACAAGUAAUUUCAUCCACGUUUUUAACUUGUAUGUCAAGAUGUCAAUUAAUAUUAUCUAUUUAAACGAAACUUCCAAAUUCGAGAUGAGGAUGAUAAAAUAAUUUUGUGUAAAUCAUUUGUAUCCAUACGGUACUGCAGACUUAAUAUAGCUAUAAUGUUGAAGGUGAGAAACUGAGAAGUAUAAUAUAGUUUUGUUUCGUUUGAUUGGGAACGUGUAAGGGGUCCUAGUUGGCGGCGCCUCGCGGGCUGAAGCGCGAGGCGACGCUCGGGCGGUGCGCUGCGAGGGCGCGCGCGGCGGCCGCUGUUGCCCGUGUGCGAGUUAAUAGAGUUUUAAAUAUAUAUGUAAAAUUAACAUUUGAUCUCAAGUGUGCAGCAAAAGUGAAAGUGAUGACUAGACUGUUAUAUCGCAGCAGCGGCGACCGCGCGCGCCUCUGUUUGUGUUAAUUAUACUAAAAUAUAAGGAUAUAAAAAAUAUUGUGAUCAUAUUUCUACUGUAAGUUUAAAUUGCUAGGACUUAGAUAUAGUUGUAUAUUUUGUACAUAUUGAAAAUAGUAUUGUAACUUUACUUCCCUUUAUCCAAAAACCCAGACUCCUGCGUGUUAUGUACCUCCUACCUAUCAAUACUAUUAAAAAAAUAAUACAUGAA